UCUAACAUUCCAACAAAGGAUAUUUACGUAAAUUAACAGGCAGCUAUGACUCUGGCGCCUAUAUUAAAGGCCUCACGGCCUGCCAUGCAUGCACAUGUUCAUCCUUUGAUUAUAUCACAUACUCACCAUGGAGGCUAAGUUGGCCACCACCAUAAUACUUAUUUUCUCCGUAAUUUGGCUUAUGAGGGUGAAUGGCAUAGACCCUUGUGCCUCUCAAGCGGAUAAUUCCGACCUGAACGUGAUUCCCAUCUACAGCAAAUGCUCACCGUUCAAACCACCAAAGUCAGACUCAUCGUGGGACAACAGAAUUAUAAACAUGGCCUCAAAAGACCCACUCCGAUUCAAAUACUUGUCCACCUUAGUGGGCCAAAAGACCGUGUCCACGGCCCCAAUCGCUUCGGGCCAGACCUUCAACAUCGGCAACUACGUCGUCAGGGUCAAAUUGGGAACCCCUGGUCAACUUUUGUUCAUGGUCCUCGACACCAGCACCGACGAGGCCUUCGUUCCAUGCUCGGGCUGCACGGGCUGCUCCGACACCACUUUCUCGCCCAAAGCCUCCACCAGCUAUGGCCCAUUGGACUGCUCUGUUCCCCAGUGCGGUCAGGUCCGCGGGCUUUCGUGCCCCGCCACAGGUACCGGCGCGUGCUCCUUCAACCAAUCCUACGCGGGCUCAUCUUUCUCCGCCACCCUAGUCCAAGACUCGUUAAGAUUAGCCACUGAUGUUAUCCCCAACUACUCCUUCGGCUGCGUCAACGCCAUCACCGGCGCCUCUGUCCCGGCCCAAGGGCUUUUGGGCCUGGGCCGUGGCCCGCUGUCCUUGCUCUCCCAAUCCGGGUCAAAUUACUCGGGCAUCUUCUCUUACUGUCUCCCCAGCUUCAAGUCCUACUACUUCUCUGGGUCGCUCAAGCUCGGGCCCGUGGGCCAGCCCAAGAGCAUUCGCACCACCCCGCUUCUUCGCAGCCCUCACCGUCCUUCUCUUUACUACGUGAACUUCACCGGAAUCAGCGUGGGGCGUGUCCUGGUACCCUUUCCCAGCGAGUAUCUUGGGUUUAACCCGAAUACAGGAUCCGGAACCAUAAUUGAUUCGGGCACGGUGAUAACCCGGUUCGUGGAGCCCGUUUACAACGCGGUGAGGGAGGAGUUCAGGAAGCAGGUGGGAGGCACUACAUUCACGAGCAUUGGAGCCUUCGAUACGUGUUUUGUGAAAACCUACGAAACUCUGGCGCCGCCAAUUACGCUGCACUUCGAGGGGUUGGACCUGAAACUGCCGUUGGAAAACAGCUUGAUCCACAGCAGCGCGGGUUCGCUGGCGUGUCUUGCAAUGGCGGCGGCACCCGACAAUGUGAACUCGGUGUUGAACGUCAUCGCCAACUUUCAGCAACAGAACCUUAGGAUUUUGUUUGAUACCGUCAAUAAUAAGGUUGGCAUAGCCCGUGAGGUUUGUAACUAGCUGGUUGGCUACAUUUUUAUUUAUUUAUUUAUUAAUGUGUACCAGUGGCUUUCUUGAUUAGCUAACUAGGUUUGGAUCUUUCGUUGGGUUCAAAAACGUGAUGGUGUGGGUGUGUGGCCACGGUGAAUAAGCUUGCCUUGUGUGCCUUUGGAAGAUAUGCAAUGUGAAAUAGGACCUAGCUAGUACUAUUUUAUCUUAGAUCGAUCGUUGUCGAUCAUUGUAAUGAUGUUUGAUUAAAUUAAUAAUGUAAGAUCAAUUAAGUAGCAAGGAUGUAUGUUGUUUAGUUUGGAAUAAUAAUAUGGGAUGAAUUACUACUGCCAA